AUGUCCCACUCCCACGACCACUCCCAUGACCACGGCGUGAGCCACUCGCACGAUGACCCUUUCAACGGCCACGGCCACUCUCACGACAUCCUCGACGGCCCCGGCUCAUAUCUGAGCCGCGAGAUGCCCCUGAUUGAAGGGCGGGACUGGAAGGACCGUGCCUUCACCAUUGGUAUUGGAGGGCCUGUGGGAUCCGGCAAGACGGCGCUCAUGCUGGCGUUGUGCAAUGCCCUGCGUGACCAGUACAACAUUGCGGCAGUGACGAACGAUAUUUUUACCCGCGAAGACGCCGAGUUCCUCACCCGUCACAAAGCCCUCGCGCCAAACCGCAUCCGCGCCAUCGAGACAGGCGGCUGCCCGCACGCCGCCGUGCGCGAGGACAUCAGCGCCAACCUGCUCGCCCUGCAGACCCUCCAGAAGCAGUUCCAGACCGACCUGCUGCUCAUCGAGUCCGGCGGCGACAAUCUCGCCGCGAACUACUCGCGCGAGCUGGCCGACUUCAUCAUCUACGUCAUCGACGUCGCGGGCGGCGACAAGGUGCCGCGCAAGGGCGGGCCGGGCAUCACGGGCUCGGACCUGCUGGUCGUCAACAAGAUCGAUCUGGCAGAGGCCGUGGGUGCAGACCUGGCGGUGAUGGAGCGCGAUGCGGCCAAGAUGCGGGAGGGCGGGCCGACGGUGUUUGCGGUCGUGAAGCAGGGGAAGGGCAUGGAGCACAUUGUCAAUUUGAUCCUGAGUGCGUGGAAGGCGAGUGGUGCGUACGAGGCCAGUUUGGAGAGGUGGAAGAAUGGCGCGCCGAAGAACUCGGGGAGCGUAGAUGCGUGA